AUCUUUCUAACAGCGCAUGGAAUGGUUGGCUACAUGCUUUAUGUACACCAAGUAAUUUUAGGCGCCCAAGAACUCCAAAUCCAAGCCCCCCAAACCCAAAGGCCACGAAGUAGAGACUCCCUCUUAGCUUUCUUUGCCUAUUCUUUUUCUGACUCACUCUCUCCAUUAGGCGCACUGCCCCCAUGACGAGUUCCCACCCACAUAUCCUCACUGGAUACUCAUUUGCUGCUCUCGAACCAUUUCAAAUCCAGACCCAUCAUCCAUGAAGCCAUUCUGCAUGCCAAUAAAACACCAACGACACCACCGCACUCCACAACUACAACAUUCCCUCUCCUACUGACCAUCCCUCCUUUCUCUCUUUCUCUAUAACCAGCUCUUAUUUUACCACGGACCUAUAUCCUCUCCCAACGGAUCUCCUUUUGCCUCCCUCUUUCUCUAUGCUAUUCUCCUUGUGUUAUAAGGAAUUUGGGCAGGGAGUUUUGGGCCUUGUUUUUCUCUCCUCUUGUCUUCCAUUCCUUGUCUAUUCUUUGUUCUUUUCUGGGCUGAGGGUCAGUGGUUUCUCUGAGCUUUUUUAGAUCGCGUGGGUGGGUGGUUGCGGUGGAGGUGUGAUCAUGGGGCCUAUUAGAGGAUUCAAGAAGAGGAAGAGGGCCGAGAAGAAGGCGGAGAGGUGCGCCGCCGCCGCGUUGACGGCGUCGGGACAGGGAACUGGUGAUUGGUGGGAUGACUUCUCGUCAAGAAUUACGGGAUCUUUAUCUUUAUUAAAAGAACCAAAAAGUUUUGAGUCUGUUUUCAAGAUCUCAAGGAAGACCUUCAAUUACAUAUGCUCAUUGGUGAGGGAGGACUUGAUGGCAAAGACAUCUAACUUCACAUUCUCAGAUGGAAAGGUCCUGUCUGUGGAUGAUCAAGUAGCUGUUGCUCUAAGAAGGUUGGGUUCUGGUGAGUCACUACUGAACAUAGGAACAUCCUUUGGUAUGAACCAUUCAACUGUCUCCCAAGUGACUUGGCAAUUUGUGGAGGCUAUGGAAAAGAGAGGAAUUCAUCACCUCCGAUGGCCAAGCUCUGAAGAGACAGAAAUUAUAAAGUCCAAGUUUGAGAAAAUCCGGGGUCUGCCCAACUGUUGCGGCGCCAUUGACACCACACACAUCUUGAUGUGCUUGCCUUCGGUAGACUCUUCCAACAAAGUGUGGACUGAUUAUGAGAAGAAUCAUAGCAUGGUCCUGCAGGCUAUUGUGGACCCUGAGAUGAGGUUCCGGGACAUUGUCACUGGCUGGCCAGGUAGCAUGAACGAGUUACUAGUGCUGCACAACUCAGGAUUCUUCAAACUGUGUGAGAAAGGAGCAAGGCUGAAUGGGAAAAAAAUGGAGCUUUCAGAAGGAUCGGAGGUGAGGGAGUAUAUAAUCGGAGAUGCUAGCUUCCCCCUCCUUCCCUGGCUUCUCACUCCCUACCAAGGGAAGGACCUUUCAGAUUCCAGAGUUGAGUUCAACAAGCGACACUGUGCAACCAGAAUGGUGGCACAGAGGGCAUUGGCAAGACUAAAAGAUAUGUGGAAGAUUGUUCAGGGGAAAAUGUGGAGACCUGAUAAGCACAGGCUGCCAAGAAUUAUUCUUGUUUGCUGCUUGCUGCACAACAUAGUCAUAGACUUAGAAGAUGAAGUGAGGGAUGAGAUGCCACUGUCUCACCAUCAUGACACCAACUACAAGCAGCAAUACUGUGAUGUGGGGGACAAGUUUGGAGUUGAACUGAGAGACGAGUUAACUCAGUACUUGUCUGGUAGAUUGCCAAGCUGAAAUGAAUAUUCAACAUCUUUUAUUUCUCUUUUAUAUAGCCAAAGAUGAGUAUUGAUAGAUGAUGAACUUGAAUUCAGCUUUCGGUGCCGAAUUCAGUGGCUAAGAGGCACUCAGGUUCUCUGUUUCCAAUGCUGACCUCUUCCAUUCAAUUGUCUUAGGGCUGGAAUUACAGUAGUCAAGUAUGAAAGAGCAUCCUGCAAAAUGUUGUUAAUGACUGUUGUUUGUUGGAAACAUCACAAUUGAAAACGAUCGUCACUUUUAGCAGGGAACUGGUCUUAAUUUGACUUUGUUGUUGUACCUUCUUUUUCAUAAACCUUCGGUGAGCAAUGCUGUGGUACAGAAGAAGGAGCAUUUUGGAACUCUUAGUUCAUAUGUAA